UUCUAACGACGCACGUCUCGCUUGCAUUUUUUCAAUCUCGAAAGAUUUUUCGUCGCGCGAAUUCAUCGUUUACGAGAGCUGAUGCGUGUGUCCUUUCAUGGAUGAGUGGCAAUUCAAGAGAGCCGCUGAGCUGCGUCGUCUGCUACUUGUGAUGUUGACGUUUGACACGGCUAUAUAUUUGAUGGUUGUCCACUAAAAAUAGAUCUCGAAUACUUGCGGGUGGGCUGCUUUGCUCCGAUGCACUCUGAAACACCGCAUAUACAUACAGGAAGAUUAUGAGAGAUCCUUGGUAUAAUGUAGUUCCACUACACGAGCGUCCUGAUUUAAUUCCACAAUGUUGCAACCUACUAAACUCUGAAUGGAAACGAAGUGAAACUGCACGGGUAAGGAGUCUGGAAACAUCAUGCAGAGACAAAUAUUUCCCAACUUGUCUGGUGCUGUUGAGACAGAAUGAAGUUUUAGGUCAUUGCAAAUUGUCCAUGGUAUAUGGUACAACAGACAGUGUGUUAUUGGAAUCAUUUCUAAUAGAUAGUUCAUUCAGAAGUCAAGGUCUUGGAUCUUUGCUCUUAAAAGAGUUAGAACGCUAUGUCAAAAGAUUUGGCAUUACAAGUGUAUAUCUAUUAACCAAAGGUCAGGAAGGAUUCUAUGCCAAAAAUGGCUAUGAACCUUGCGCACCCAUUGGACAAUUGAAUGAUUACAGGGAUUUUAGUAUUGAACUUCUCAAUGAUAAAGAAGACAAAGAUAAAGGAGAUAUUAUAUUAACAGGUCCUCCACCCCCACCAAUGCCAAAUGAUCUUAUACUAAUGCCAGCACCAGUUUGUUUAACAACUCCAUCUCGCACAUUUAUGAAAAAAGUUUUAACAUCUUCUAAAAAACCAAGAUGAAAGUUAUAAAAACCUAAGCCAUCAAGUCAUGUAAAUAACAAAUUUAUUUUUGUAUAAAUAACCUAAGUAAAAAGAGUAAAAUACUUAACACCGAAAUA